UUGCACUGGCAAAGAAAUUGUGAAAAGCUGAAUUCGAAUUGUAUCCCUCGAGGCAGAAGUAGAAGUUGUGACACAGCAUAUCAAACACGUUGCAUGUAUUAUCCUGUUGCGUUGGUUGAUCCCCAAAAAUCUUCGAUCCAAAGAACAACCCUGAAUAGCUAACAACGAGCGACACACGGCCACAGAAUACACUAGCAUUGACGUAUCUGUUGCACAGCGUAAUGUUUCGUAGCUGCUAAGCAGAAGGUGUAGCUGACGAGCAUCGACCCAAAUAGAAUCAAAUACGUGCUGGUGGAUAGUUGUCAUCCAAAGCAUUCACGAGUGUUAGCUCUGUCGAAAUUAGUUGAUGUUACGCGUAGAGGCACAAGAACAAGCAUUUUGAAACUCAUAUUCUAUAUUCAUGUAUCUCCGUUGUAAACCUUUGCUCAAGGAGCGCCUUAUAUUUAUAAAAUUUCAAAUCAUCUUUUUCUUUCAGCACUCCUCUCGGAUAACUAAAAAAAGCCGCCAAAAAAAAAAGAACAGCUUGGGAAAAAUCAAAACGUUAACGUGAGGUUGUUGGGUUGGCUGUUUGGUGAUUGUUGUUAAAGAAAACGACAAGGCUCCUGCGAUCACACCCACAAUUAGAAUUAAGUAGCAGUAAUCAAACAAUGCCAGUCUCCUCGUUGAUGAUGGGCAACGGCAGAGGUCAUCCCGCCUGUAGCGGAAAAGUCUCCCGCCCCGUGCUGCACCUCCACAACUGCAACCCGAAAAAUGAAAACGCCCCCCAAGUAGAAGUAGCAGCGGCCCACAGGGCCACUACCUCUCUGCCCGCUUAUUCCGCUCUACUUUCUUGCAGUCGCAGCUGCCGGCGCGUUUUCUUAUUUUGCGCUGCGGCAGGGGUGCAGAUCACCAUCAUUCACGGCGCUCUUGCAGCUGCUGCAUCCUCGCAACAACGAAGGGCGAUCGCAGUGCAUGGAGGUCGUCGUGACGGAACUGGAAUUGCGAGCGCCGUUUUGGCUGCACCUCAGCAGGACCUCCAGAGUGACCAUAUUAUGACCUCCACCCCUGCCGGCGGUGCCGCCCAGUUCAUUUCAUCCAAUGCUGUGACUGCCGCGUCGGCAAAUUUGAUCAGCAGCAUCGAAGACCACAGUGCCAAGCGGGCGACGUACAGUGCUCUGUUGGCGAACGAUUUGCGGGCCUUGCGGGACUCGUUGAGCGAAGACGCGCUCGAGGUUCUGGUGCGUAGAAGCAGGACGUGGUCGCAGGCCGAGGUGGAUGUGCUUGCCGACGCCUUAGAAGGAGACUCGCUGAAGAGCGCUAUGACAGAUACGACGCUUGGGUUGGACCCAUUAGCUAAUCUGCACGAGUACACCCGGGAGUGGCUGAAAGGCAACGCCGAGCGCAUGAACGAGGACGAAGCACUGGUCCGCGCCACGCGGGGCGAAACGUCAUCCUUGAAAGCCUUCAUCCGCCCGACCAAGGAAUUUAUCAUGGAUGAACACGUGCGCACGCGUGUGAGUGAAUCACUCCCCAAAGGUACUGCUUCGCAGCCGGGCCCAGACCAAACGCUGCAAAGGGUCACGCGGAUAUUCAAGAAAGACAAACGGCGGGACCGGCUCGUUCCACAGGCGCAAGAAAUCACGGAAGGUCCGGCAGCACGGGGGGGAGUCGAGUACCGGUCGUCGGCAGAUGAGACGUUCUUGAACCUAUGGCCGGCAGAAGUGAAGGCUGCUGAUUCUGCUGCCGACGAGGACAAAGCCGACCCCAGUACUAACAACCCUGCUCUGAUUGCGCGCCUGGCGAUCGAGAAGCACUCCACAGAGGAAGAAGUUGUGGUCGCGCUGCAAGGUAGCAUGGAGUUUCGCGACGAGCUGUUAACCCGGUUGCUUACCGUACCGGUUAUGCAUUGCAAAUACCAAAAAUUUCGGAUGUCUGGAAGAAUGAGUGCGAGUUUGUGAUGCUGAUGCUAGCAGCACAACAUCUUCUGGGCAGCGACAUAACGAUAAUUUCUAGAAGAACCUGUAUAAUUGCACGCUGAAAGCAAUCAGAAAAACGAAACAAAAGUAAACGGCUAUAGGAACUUUUAAGUCGGUCGAAGAUGCGCAAGUAGGCGAUUCGUCCUACAGGAGAAGAAAAGGCGUUUAAUAGGAAGCUACCUCUCAUGCUACGGCCCGCAAGCUUCUAAAGGUAGAUGCUGCGCAUUCGCAAAUUGUGCAUGACUUUGACUUCCAGAUCUGGACAUAUUUGCAGUGCAUACACCUAGUAGACGAACAGCUGUCGCUGUGGGCUCACAUGGGUUUGGACAAAUAUUUCAGUCACGGGCACAUGGAAGGCAUUAAUGGCUUCGGUGCUUAUCAGACUAGUGGACGCAAAACUGACCAGGCGCGGGCCCUGAGCAGUGUGCACGGUUCGAAUACGAAGUACCCGAUGUUUCUACCCUCUGCUGCCCGCAAUCUUGCUGAUGCGUACAGCGACCGGCAGGUGUCUUUGGAAAGCCAGAAAUUCGACAAGGUCGGAGGAUACGCUUUUCUUAAUGCUGCAGCUUUGGCCGUUAGAAAGGGAGACAGACAAAAAGCAAAAACGCUUUUCCACACCCUUCGAGAGCUCAAGUGGGCGGGCGCGCUUGCCUUACCGUUUGAAAGUGGCACUUCCGCUGCCGCUGCGACCUGUCGUGCGGACCACGAAUCCGGUCAAAAAACAAAAUCUUAUGUCGAGCUCUGGAAAAACAGCAACACCUGCGCACGAACCGCGGAGCUGGGCAACGAAAAGAUACAUGGUCUGUAUGAUGCACAAGAAGACUACGGAGGGGUCAGGUGGGAAAUCGACGAAGUGAAAAUGUUGACUUGCAUGGUGUGAAAUGGGACGCAGGGUAGUACAGUGUGAGUGAGAGUUCCCAGGUUAUUAGUUUACAGAAGCAUGGGAGGUAGUAAUUCUAAUUUUGCCAGAUGAUUCUUCAUCUGCUGCUAGGCCUGCUUAGUGAGUUUUCAUUGCUGAUUGGCAUCAUAAACCAUGCUGGCCACGCGCUCUGGAGGUCAUGACAGAUUUUCUCUGGGCACGCCAACAAAAUCAUUCGCGUAUGCGCCUUUUACUUCUGUGUCUGUCCGUGUCUUCCAAGUCAAGCUUAUCACUGAUGUAUUGGUAAUAUUUCUAUUCUAUGCGUGACAAACAAGGCAAAUAAGGCAAGCAUACUUCAUCCAUUUUGACGAGUUUCCAUCACUGAAACCUUCAUAAAGACAUCGCGAACCUGUUCCGCACGUACCGGCAAGAGCUGCGGCGCAGUCGGGCGUUUGCGCUGGAAGAUGUAGACCGACUUCCCAAAGUGGUCAGUGAGGCUUUGUUGCCGCUGUUGCAGAGGCCGCUGGCUAACGCUGCCACUCUUCGGCAACUACAGAGGGAGCAUGUCAGUAAUCUUCUCAUCAGUCCGAUCUUUUGGCGGUUGGCCCUCUUCGCCGACUUUCUCGGCGUGGAUUUUUGUCCUGCAGAGCCCCUGACUUUUUGUCCUCUUCAUGGGCGCCCGCAGAAGCACUUGCCACCGACAGAGGUCGUCGGCCCACGGCAACAUUUGCAGGUGAUCCAGGUUUUUGCUCCUUCGCUCGACCGCCUAGAUGAGGUCAACGACGACAAAAAUGAACUCCUUUUCGCGAACACGCUGCUUGACGACUCAGAUUUUUUGUUGCAAAGUCUUACGCCAGCACCGGACGACAGUAGCGAGCCGUUUGGAAGAAGUGCUGGGGCUCCUCCUCGGGAAGAGGGAUCCUCGCCACAGAGAAGCCAAGACGGGCAGACGUCGCCGCAAGUCACAAUUAAAGGCGAUUUUGCUGCCAUGGCCCAGCGGUGGCAGACGCACUGGAUUGAUGACGUCGCCUAUACACAAACGGCUUUUUUCGACGAGCACCUGGAUAGCACGCGAAAUGGCAACUUUCAGGCCUUGACCGUGAGAGAUCCAGCGCCCAGGAAGACGACGGAGCAACCUCCCACCGGCGCGGCCAAAUUGUUCGAAGAGUUUGCCAAGUACGCACUUGGGCGUUGGCACUUCUGGCAGGAACUCGAGCAUCAAGAGAGCGCUCCUUCCGGCGGUCGUCGCUCUAGCGGGGGAAAGUUGGUUGCAGCUUCCGGCGUUGCUACCCCUGCGAAGCCUGAACGGCUGUAUGCCCAGGAGCCACGACCUUAUUUCCGCUUGACCAUGAGGCCGGCAUUACUCGCGGAGGAGCUCACGCGCUUUCUGUUUCCGGCCCUGUUUUGGGAUGUGCCGGCUUAUGUGGACAAGAUGAGGCACGCGGGGCACCGUAGAGGGUUUUUUGCACUAUUCCCGGAGGGCGGCCGCUCUUUGUCGACUACAGAGGCACGGGUCGCGGAGCUCAUGCAGCUCCGCGUGGCACGGAAACUGAAGGAGAAAGUCAUCCUCCCCAUAGUUGCAUCGGUAGGCGACGUUCUGCGUAUUGCGCUGCUGGAGCCAUCUGGUCCGUCCACCAAAGGACUCUCUUUUUUCUCCGAAGGACUGUAUCCGCAGGAGGUGCUAUGUUUGACCUGGGCUUCAGUAGUGUUUCUCGAGUUGUUUCAGCUUUCAAGCGACCUCAUCCACACAGUUGUCUUGCAAAAAAUACAAGAACAGAUGGCCGCUAUCCGCAAAGCCGGACCUCCGGCGGGGAGCAAGAAGCGUGAUGCGUCGGUUCUUUUGCCGAUGCUCGUCAAACUUGCGACAGAUGGGAUUGAAGCCGCUUUCGAGACGAAGCAGAACCGGGAAUCUGGUGUCCCUAUGGCGGGAAGGGAUUUAUUUGAGCCCUCCAACCACAAGGACAAGGACGUUCCGCCACUGGCCGUCAGUGUGCUAGAGCUAAAGGAAAACCGUUUGCGGCUGAUGCACGAUCACGCUCGGUUGCUGAUCAGCAGGAUAUGAUAGCGGACAACUCGUCGCGGUCCCCCGUCUGGUGCCCCUCAUUGUUUACGCAAAAUCAAAAUUAUGCAAAAAGAUCCCACCGCCACCAAGUGCAAGUUUCUGAGUUACAAACUGCAAACACAGUCUGGGCUUGGUGGGAAUUCAGGCAUGCAGAAGCUGUAUUCUACAGCCUUCCUCUCUGUUGGUAGACAUGCCCCUGUUCAAAAAAACGAGGAAGUAGAGGUCCUAGGGGUCGUGAUUUGUCCACUAUCAUACAGGAAGGACAGACUGCUCGCGGCCUUUGAGUACUUGGAGAGUAACACCCCCGAAAAGUUUCUCUUUCCGAAUCGGGCAGCGAAGCUCUCGAACCCGCCAGAAAAUUACGUGGCAAAGUUCGUGAAACCGAGACAAGAAAUGUGGAAGCAGGUGUUUGCGAAGGAAGAAUAUGCUCUGCAAAAAUUGGAGCGCUCUCGUAGUACUUGCAAUGCCAUCAAUACAGCUGCAUGACAUCAAGUCUGGCUUUCUAAGUAGGUCAGUCAACAUCUUUGCAACUUUUGUCUAUAUUAUUUUCCAUUCGAAAGAGUGAAUUUUUCGUAUACGCAGUUUAUACAUAGGUACAACCUAGUACGAAACGUCUCAUCUCUUUUGCAAUGCAUAAAGGAUACCAAAAGCUCAUUUCCGGCGAAGACGUCUCGAAAUUUGAGGAAUUAGAGUGGCACUUACUCGAUCUGCAGUUUUACGCCGCCCGGCUGGGCGUCCUGACGAAGAAAGCGCUGCUGUCGCGAGUCGCUUACGCUGUGUAAAGAAUACCCAGCACCCAAAACCAUCUCAUGCCAAAAAUCCGCAUAGAUACCCAGAAUGUAGUGUCCUCUCAUGCGCAGGAGCUCCAUGAGAAGCAUUCUGUAUGUAGUGGCUCUUGUGGUGUAGUUUAGAUAUUGAUAUAUAAUGCCAUGGAACUUUGGAGGUGGAUUUCUGGCGGCGCGGCUACGCAAGCUAAUCCCGACCACUACGCACCGUACGUGGGAUCGGAAUUUGUCAUGCGAAUCUUUCAGAGGGCCUUUGUGAUUUGUCUUGCAGAAGAAUUCUCAUCUUCGCUAUGGGUGGAGGGGAGGUACGUCUUUACUCAGGAUAUGAUCACCGCGCAGGGACGAGGACGGAGCGCCGCCUUGAGUGCGGGCUUGAAAGAGGAGUUCGUGCUGAAGUUGUUGCGCCAAGUGGAAACGGAUAGCGUCGCACACUUGAUGCAGUAUGGCAGCAAGGAAGUCUUGAGAUUAUGAUUUUCGAUCAUAUUUGUCAUGAAGCAGUGAUUUUAUGUUGUAAGUUGUGUGUAGUUUGUAUCUUUUAUACGGAUUUAAUAAAGCGAUCCUCGCCAUCGUAUAGGAGUGUGCAAGAAGGUUCCUGAGCUGUAAUUCUGAACAUUUAUUGUAUUUCGCAUGAUACUACGAUGAGAUUUUCGAGAACCUGUCUUCGACGUUAUUCCACAGCAUUUUUUGUCUGACUUUUUCUCAGACCGCUGACCUCACAUCAAUUCAAGUGUCGUAGAUCACGAAGUAAAUCUUCUCUCAAGACUACUUCGCUAGUACACGUUCGGCCGUCCGAUAGUUACCGUCGAUGGUAAUCUUUGCUUCUCUGCAUUAGCUGAGAUGUUAGCGGAGGACAAGAACGCGGAAGGAGCUGCAACGCAGGACGGAUUUCCGACCGCACGAGAAUUGCAGCCACAUGCUUUUGUUACCGACAUUAUGCAGCUGUGGCAGACCUGGGAGCGGCGCGCAAGCCUUUUUGCCAACCAAUGCUCGCUCCUGGCAGACCUUCAAAAAGCGUCCCUCGCCCUUGGUUUGCCGGUGAGGGUGGCAGCAGCUUCAUCUUCUUCUUCUUCUCAUCCCAUGCCUAUCGUGAAAAUUUCAGCUACAGCAUCAAAAAAGAAAGGGGAGUUCGCGAGCGACGAUGGCGUCACAGCGAGGAAAAAGCGCGCUGCCGCCCUUGCCGCAGACGCGAAAGCAAAACUGGAUAAGAUUCUCGACUCGCACAACCUUCACGCGACCGAACUGCUGUGCCGCGAAGCUGAAACACUGAGCCAGCACGCGACGUCCCAUCUGGGGGCGCUGCGGAAUACGGUUGCUGAGUUGAUGCAAGAGCAGCUUGCCACGUCACCUGGUGCGAGGAAAGAAGUCGAGGGUCCUGCACGAAAGUUCUACAGUACGGGGGUUUUGUAUCCAAGAAAACAAAUGAUGAACUAUGUAUAGAGUUAGUGUAGCUUGUACUAGCUCUGUUGAAACGCAUUUCGAGUUCGUCUUAUAUGAGACAUGUCCAAGAACGCGAUUCAUUCCGACUGCGCGUGUCGUACGAGACAGCCACAGAGUGCUCUUGUCUUCAGAUGUGUUUGUAGUUUUGAACAAGUAGAGCAGAUACAACUAGCGACGCGCAUGGGCAUCUUGCGGCCACUCCUCUGUUUAUGCAAGCAAAAAGAAGUCUCCUCUCCCUGUCAGGUGAAGGUGGAUGCAAAUAAUAAGGCGAGUAAGACAACAAAGCUACACUUCUUAUCUUUACGCAGUUCAAAUAAUCUUUUUCCUGCGAUAUCUUGUCGAUGAUCACUUUGUUAUCACGGGAAAUAAACACGAUGCGGACGUCGGUCAUUGCACGACAGCAGGGCCUGCGGACACAGACUUCGGGGCGAUUUGAGCAGGAAAAGGAGAAGCAAGCGAAGCGCCUCAAAGAAGAAGGAUACGACAUUUUUUUUGAAGCAGCGUCAAGUGAGCAGGAAGGUCCUAUUCCCGAACGACAAGAUGGCGCAGUUUCUAUUUUGCCGAAGGAUCGUGACCGCGUCGAAGGCGAUUUUGUCACGCAAAACGCCGGGUUUUUUGAUGCACUGCAACAGGGGCCGCAAAGUGCAGCUGCAUCAUCCGGUCUCAAUUCAUCAACAGCCGGCAGUGGCGGCGCAACAGCUAUCGGCACUGACAGCACUCCUGCAGCUAAACUGCCUUCUAAGGGUGGAGCAAAGACGAGGACCCAGCAAGAGCGACGCGCCGCCGCGAAGAAGCCGCGCGCCCCAAGCCCCGCAAGAUCUGCACGGUCUGUCGACGAUCCCGUCAUGCGGGUAUUCUCCGAGGCCGAAGCCCUGCAAAUGACGAAAGAUGAGGAGGAGGAGAGAUUGCAAGAAGACCUGAAAAAGCAAGCGGAUCACCUGAAGCAACAGCGGCAAAAAGAGGUGGAAAUGGACAUGCGAAGAAAAAUGAGAGAAGCUGCGCUGGAGAGCGUAAGGAGUGAACAAGAAGAGGCCCGGCAGCGAGAAGCAGAGGAGGCGCGCGCAGGAGAAGCAGAGCGCGCCCGCGUGGAAGCACAUGUUCAAAUGCUGAGGAGGGCCCGAAAAGGAAAGUCCUCUGAAAAAAGUAGGUCCCGACACCGUUCCAAGAGCGGAAAACGUCGCUCGGCGAGUCGCGUCAGAAGCGCAGCUCCACUCUCCGCUGCGCAAGCCCAACGGCCCGACGUCGACCUGGGGGACCAGACGCCACUAUCCCGCGGCCGCGCUGAGCGUGGUCCCCGCCGGCGAGAGGACAGAGCCUCAUCUUCGGUGGCGUCGCGGCGAGCGCAAAGCAGAUCGGGAGGGAAAAAGGACAAGAAAUUGCUUCGCUCGCGCAGUAGAAGUAGCUCUCGACAAGGCAGCAAUAUCUCCGGUGCUGAAAAAAAGUGUGUCUACUAAGUGCGUAAAGACUCCUUUGAUAGAACAGCAUGCAUAUCUGUGUUGCUGGUGCACGAAAGCGACGACUUGUCAUGCAAAGCUAGUUGAUGUGCGUGAAAACCUACGUAAGGGGGCGGCCCUGCGGGUGUACAUUACCAGCAUCGCAAACGCAUCAUUCCUGUUUUAUGUUUUUUUGCUUCUCGUAUCAAGAACAUAGGCUUAGACCAUACACUGUUUUUUUCUUGCAUAUGCACUGGCCGCAGGUCGACGAGCUUGGCGGGCGACAGAGCGGCUUCUCGCGGGAAGCAACGCGAUCCCCGACGAAUCCGGUCUGCCUCUGCAAAUUAUGCUCGCAACAGGAGCAAAACCGAGAGCAGUGGCAGCGGAUCCUCGGAGCAGGACGCACAGCUAGUGCCCUCGGGCGGGGCCUCGAGCUCAGUGAAGUCCGUUUUUGGCUACGAUCCGCAGAAAGGCUUAAUCAAGCUAGCCGAUAUCUUUGACGCCGUGGUGCGGCCAGGGGAUGAUAGCUCGAGCCCCGAAGACGAGGACGAAGAUGUAGCGCCGCGCUACUUUGCAGCUCAGGAUGAAGAACACCACGAAGAUCCGCCGUAUGCUUCCGCUGCUGCGUCCCGUCCUGGGACCCCGGGGUCCUAUGGGUUCUACAGUGGGGCAUCGGAAUUCGGUGCCGCGAGCUCGACCCCGGCUGGUCGUGCGGCAUAUAUUGAUUUUUCCCAACACCAGCAGGAUCAGGAAGCUGGAGCCGCGGGUAACGACGUUUAUAUCGACAUUGAGGUUCUGGAGGUCGCGCUGGAAGACAGUCAUCCGGAGACCGUGCAGAGGGCUUUAUGAGAGUGCACUAGAACUCUGCCACCCUCUGCUCCCGCUAAGUAAGUACCCUUUUUAUUUAUUAGUUCGGAACGCGUAAUAAUAAUAUUAAGAACAAGGAGCAAUAGCAGCAAUGAUCACCAAAAAUCCGGUAGUUCCAAACGUUCUCGUGCAGGCUACAUCGCUCAGAAGCAAGGUCUCGACUUUUUGUUUUUCUUGUUAUUCAGCAUUAGAAAUAUGAGGGAAUCAUUUUGGGGGAAGAGUUGUGCACUCUGAUAGGCUUUGGAGAAAACGCAUUUUGCGAUGCGGGUGAAGAAUGCCAUCGUACCCCGUGUAAAAGCGUACCCACCUCUUCCCCAGAUUUGACGUCAUGCUAGUCAGGUAUUGCAUGCUUCGCCUGCGGUAGUGUCUAUAAAUAAAGUGGCGCACGCUCCUCCCCAUGAUAUUGAGCAGCAUUUUCGACUGAUUUGCAUUUCAUCGCUUGACAACUUGAGUAUGCUGAGAUAUCAGGCCGAAGGCAUUGUUGUUCUUCGCGAUUCGGCAUUAUGAUUAUGUCAUGAGCUAAAAAACACCACGGGGCUUCCAAAUGCAAAUCGAUUGUGAGACGCGACGAGAGCCAUAAAGAAAGAGGCCUUCGGAUCAUUCUUUAUGUAGCGCAGUCUCUAGAAGCUUGACUUCUACUCGUAAGAAUCUAGGGUUGGGCCGACGAGUACGUGGUUAUGCGGGAUAUCUUGAAAGUGCGAGAGCCCUCGGAACACCUGACCAGACCAUCAUGCGCAAUUUACGACUGUUUCUUGAACAGCAGGCACAGGACGCUACGCCUCUUCCACAGAUCCCUGAAUCGAGGGAACCGCUGUUGCGCAGCACAGGUAUAGUAUGUAAGUUGCAAAGUAUAUAGUACAACAAGAGCUGACGUUGGCCUCGCGCUGUCUCACAUAGUUGCGUAAAUUGGAUGGACUGGAAGUAGAAGUCGGGAGCAAAAUUAUACAAGACGACAUGCAUCUAGCUCCUGUGUUACCUUUCUUGACGGGAUCAAAGAUGUUUAGAUUUUUGGCUAUAAUCGCUAUUCGUAUCCUUCCUUUCGUUGUCUAUAUGUUACAGAAAAUUGAGUGCUCCACCUCUCACGUGCUUUCUGUAGCCGACGUGGAGGCAUGAUCAUGUCGCUUUUUGGUGCGCCCUACAGACGCGCUUGUCCUUGUUCUCAUGCUAAAGAAAAAAUAACAGCUAUUUCGCUAUGAAAAUGAAAAAAAGAUGCAAAUUUUGGCUUACUAUUCAAAAAAGGCGACGAAAACGCAAGUCCCGUGCCGGUGCUGAAAGCAGGUGAGCUGAACUCUAUCGUGUGCACGAUUGUGACCCGCUUCAACCUCGUCCGACAAGGAAGCUUGGACUUGUCCAUUAAACGCGUGAUAAAAGUCCCGAUCCGGCUGGAGGCCAGAAAAACGCAAAACGCCGCACUAAAGACCGAUCGCGCUUUUCUGGAAAACUUUAACGCGGAGCAAGACAACUUUUUGGACUACCUGCACUUCGGACAGCCCUAUGACGCGAUGAGCGCAAAAGUCCUCGCGAAGAACUUUCUGGAGGAAAAAAUUUUUCAGAGACAAGCGCAAGCAGCUCUGCGG